AUGAUAAGCACCUUGGGAAACGCAAAAAAUGAACCUAAAGGUGACUUUUUAUUGGUAAAUGGGAAAACUUUUGAAGUCGUCGGUACUUGGCCUGCACCGGACAGCGACAAACCACGGUUUAACUAUGAUUUUUGGUAUCAGCCUCGGCGUAACGUGAUGAUCAGUACAGAAUGGGGGUCACCAAAACAUAUAAAGGGUGGCCUCGAAGCCAGCCACGUCCUUAAAGGUGGUCACAAACAAACACACCUCCAAUUUCCUGAACAUUCUAUUACUUGUUAUCUCCACUCAAUGGUAGUGCCCGCUGCCCUGAAUGGACAGAGAUUCUGCACAACCAAACUGCACUACUCUACCCACCCUGCGAAUGUUUUAGAUUUCAAUGCCCAUGAUUUAGACCCCUCUGGCGAAGUUUAUAGCGUGAGUAAUUGGAAAAUGCCGCUUAAAAUACUAAUUUUAGACGGAAUAUAUGGAUCUGAUAUCCAUGUAUGGGACUGGGAGAAACAUUUAAUGAAGCAGACAAUCAAGCUGGGUUUUGCUGAUGGUGUUACACCGUUCGAAAUCCGAUUUUUGCAUAAUCCUGCAUCAACACAUGGAUUCGUCGGUUCAGCUUUUGGAUCAACCCUUUAUCACUUUUAUAUGCCAGAGGGUAGCGACAAAUUUAUGGCGGAACAGGUCGUUAAAAUUCCGGGGAAGAACUUGAAAGAUUGGAUGCUACCAAAAGUACCAGCACUUUUAUCAGAUAUUAUCAUAUCAAUGGAUGAUAAAUAUUUGUAUAUGUCCUGUUGGUUACAUGGAGAGGUGCGACAGUAUGAUAUUUCAAAGCCAAAUUCUCCAAAAUUGGUUGGACAGAUUUUUAUCGGUGGUUAUGGCCCUGCAAACCUGGAAGGCGAAGAUGAGACUUGCGGGAAUAGAAUACGUGAGUUGAAUGGCAAGGUAAUAGACGGAGGACCCCAAAUGUUGCAAUUAAGUCUUGACGGUAAACGCCUAUACGUGACCACAUCAUUGUUUAGUAUCUUUGACAAACAGUUUUACCCAAACCUACUCAAGACCGGUUCAAAAAUGCUUCAGAUAAACUGCAAUACAGAAUGUGGUGGACUCAUGUUGAAUGAAAAAUUCUUGGUCGAUUUUGGUGAAAUGGAUGAUGGCCCAUUUUUAGCGCAUGAGAUGAGAUAUCCGGGCGGCGACUGUACUUCGGAUAUCUGGUUGUGA